AUGUCGGAUAACAACAACGUAGACUCUUCUAAAGUUGAAAUUGGAAUGGAUGGCAAGGACUCACCUGAAGUUUCCAGUUUCGAUUUCAAAAUUGAUUUGGUCAAUGAUGAUAUUGGAAGAAAUAUACCCUAUCAGAUUUUACACCCAAUACCAAAUCCCAUAGAUUUUAUUGAAUCGAAUCACAAUAUAGAGUUUGGGGCCACCAAAGUUACACUCCCUUUACCUUUACCCCAGUUAAAUGACGAAAAUAUAAGAGUUUCCCCCAUGAAACCAAUACUACUGGCUUCUAAGGACGACCAAAUCACCAAUGGUGAUAACAAAUUGAAGACCUUAAAGAAAUCCAAUCACAGAAAUUUGACUGUCAAUGAUAAGAUAAAUAAAGGUGUUUUACCAAAUACUGGAGAUUUCAAGAUUAAAUCUGAAAUACCUUGUGAUAUACAGAUAAACUAUUCUAUCAGAAAUUUAAUCAAUGCACAAUAUGAUGGGGAAGGGGAAGUGUUUAAACUUUCACAAUUAUUUCAUGAAGAUACUGCCAGUAGAACACUGAAUUCUAUAAGAGAAAUUGAAGGGAAGUUUUGGCAGAAUUUGAAAACUCCUGUUUCCAAACCCAUUACUUGUUUCUCAACAAGUCUUAUUCAACCUCCCACAUUAGAUGAUAAGAUUAGAAAAUUUUUGCAUCCUUGGAAUUUGAGGAAUAUACCAUUAUUACCAGGAAGUCUCUCCAGUAAUGGUUCAAUGAAGUUCAACAUUGGUAGGACGAAUGAUAUACAAAACUGGUCAAUAGUUGAGAAUUUUGGUCAGAGCAUAAAAUACCAGAUAUCAGGUUGGAAGAAAUGGUAUAUAAUACCUGAGUCUGAGUACGAUAAAUUCUGGAACCUCGUAAAUCUGGAGACCGUAGUGAAGUCUGAGGCUGAUCUGACCAUAAGGCUUCGACAUUCGAAUUCGCUAUUCCAAUCGCUUAUACAAGACACAAUAGAUCAAGACUUCAUCAUAACGCCUGCCUUACUUGAUACUCAUGGGAUAAAAUAUCACACAUCGAUCCAAAGUCCGGGAGAUUAUCUCAUUACUUAUCCCAAAACCACCAUGUUGGGCAUAUCAUUAACUUUCAAUGUUGAACAAGAGGUGGAUGUUUUUACAUCUUUAUGGAGCAAAUAUGCCUUGGAUUUCGUAAAUAAUGAAAGAACUCAUAAUGAAGUAUUCAGAAUCGUUCUACUGUCGAUUCAAAACGGUUGCGAUAAUUUAUCGGAAUUAUAUAACGAACUUUUGAUCAGGGAACUAGAUACAAGAUCCAAAGUUCGAGAGUUGGGUAUUAAAGAACUUGUCAAUGAUAACCUAUCCAAGAUUUCAGAUGACAAUCUUCAGUAUUUAUAUCCUAGUCAAAUCCUCAUCACUGACACAACCACUUCUCAGAAAUUUCAAUUAUCCAUAGAAUCAUUCUUGAAAUUGGAUAUUAAUAGUUCAAAUUACGAUAGAAUGAAAUUUGAAUUGUUGGUUACUUACAAUGAUGAAAAAUUGAAAUCUUUCCUCAAAUUAUCCAAUAAUUUGAACGAUUACAAUAAGUGGAUUGAUAAUUACGAAAAAAUGAUGGAAUCUUCAGAUCAUUCUUUGAAAACUUAUAAAGCAUUGUAUAGUGAUGGAGAAAAAAUAUUCAAUUCAUUGACUUCAGUCAAAAUAUUUGACCACUUUCAAGAUGCUUUAGGUAUACAAAGAUCUAAGGAUGAUGAUAAAUGGUUAAGAUUUUUGAAUUACUUAGAUAACUUACAAAAGUUCAUAAUGUCAAGUACCAAAUUUAUUGAUGAUUGCCAAUCUAUACUAUCAUUGAAACAUCAUCAACGUAUCAGGGGGUCUGGAACUAAUGCUGUGAACAUAAUGAAUGGAUUCCCUGAUGAAACGACUAACAAAGCUGAUGAUGACGCUUUGUCUGAUCCUGAUGUGGUAUUACCCAAAUUAUCUCAUUUGGUUUCAAUUGUACCAAAGUUGAAUUUCAACUGUUCCGAAAUAGAUUUGAUAAUCGAAUUCUUGAAUGAAAUCGAAAACUUCGAAAGGUCAGUUAGAUUGUUGUUACUGAAAGAAAACCCUUCCAUAAACGAAUUUAACGAACUCAUAAAUUUGGGGAAGUCUUUUGGUAUAAACUUGAUAUCGUUAAAAUUCAUAAUAAGGGUUCGGAAUAAGUUAAUUUGGUGUAAGAACUACGACAUCAUAAUAAAUGGAAAUGAGCCAACUAAUCAGGAAAACAAAAAAGAGAUUUUUGAUUUACCCAAUUUGAAACAUUUCUAUAAUCAGGGUAUCGAGAUUUUAUCUUUCAAUGAUUCCGACAAGUUGAAAGUUAUUAAAAAGAUCAUUGAUAAUUCUGAAAAUUUCAAUAAGAAGAUAAAUGAAUUCUUAGAGAUAAAAAUUGUCAAUGAGGCUAUCAUCAAAGACUUAGAUCUGUUGAUAGAUGAAAUCGAAGAUAGGUACAAAUUGGAUAACGACGAGAGAAUAUUCGCUCAACUUUCCAGAUACGACUUACUCUUGGACUUACGUCAAAUGUGUGAAGUGUUCGAAAAAUUCUUUGAUUUCAAAAAUGGUGGAAAAUUGUCAUUUGAAGAAUUAACGAAAUUGAAGAAAUCUUUGUUGGACACGAAAUUGUCUAACAAAGAAGAUAUCCAGUAUAUUGAUAAUUUGAUAGAUGUUACUAAGUCGUCAAUUGACUCCAUCAGAGGAUUCUUCCAAAUUGAGUUGGAUGAUAAAAAGAAAGAAAAUAGCGUAAUUCAGUUAAUUGACAUGAUUUUAUUAUCUAUGUCUAGUAUGGAUAAUGAUGAUUCGUACGAAAAGUCGUCCAGCAAGGCAUUCAUUGAUGGAAAUGAAAGUACUGAUCCCCGUCAAAUUUAUUGCGUUUGCAGAAAUUUUGAGUUAGGUACUAUGAUUGAAUGUGAAAGCUGUAAGGAAUGGUAUCACGACUCAUGUGUCAACAAACCAAAGGAAGCUGUUGAACCUGAUACCGAAACCAAAAAACCCAGAAAGAGGAGAAAGAAGGUCGACAAGGACGAUGCCAACAAGGAAGAAGUAAUAAAAAUGGAAGUUGAUACUGAUCCAGUAACUGAAUCAUUGAAUGAACCAGCUAUCGUCAAUAAUUCUGCUCCUAAAGCACCCGAAUCAGGUUCUGGUGUGAAUACUAUUGUCAAUAAGUCAGAACAGAAAUCAAAGCCUCAACCUAAAUCAAGAUCUAAAGACAAGAAAAAGAGAGAACUUACUGAAGAAGAAGACAUAUUUGUUUGUCCCGUUUGUAGAUUGAUAGAAUCUCCUGACUUUGUUGACGAAAAAUUAUCAAAAAAUCCAACUUUAUUGGACUUGGUAGCGUUGAUACAAUCAUUGAGGACAUUGAAUGUCCAACCAGCUCAAGAGUUGGCAAAGUUGGUGGAGUUGCAGGACAAAUUGUUGUUGUUGUCUCAAGGUUACGUUAGAAAAAUCUCCAACAUCAAAUCCGGUGAUUACAAUUUGAAUCAAAAGUUAGACAGGUUGAGAUUUAUCUUAAGAAAGUUAUAUGGAUAUAGCAUUAACAUCGAAGACUUAUUUUGGGAAUGUUUAACAUCCAUCAGAAGAAUGGAGUUCGAAAAGCAUUGGAGAGAAAAAGAAUUGAAAUCAAAAACAAGACCAAUUCAAGAUCAAGAUCAAAAUUUCCCACCUGAACCGACGGUAAUGAACUCAAUAGAAGUAGAUGAAAAUGGUACCAAAAAUACUGAAAUUAAUGAUUUGAUCGAUACCGAAUUACUUAAUUUGACAAAGGAGGAAGAUUCUUUCGAAACAGACUCUUUGUUAACACAUCCAGUCGAUGACAAAGCUAAUGUGAAUGGGAAUGUCGAUGGUGUAAAACCUCGUAUGCAUGACACUUCCAUGCAAGAUCAGAAUGUUCAAAAGACAAAUUAUGACGACUCGAUUGACUCCACCGAUUUGAACGGUCUUGAAAGUCAAUACACUCACUUACCGGACUAUACUUACGAGGCGCCUUCUUUGACACCAUCAGCACUCAGUCCCAGUGUUACUGAAAAUGGAAUUAGUGGCAUUGAUUCCAAAAUUGAUGCUGCACUUGAGGACUCUGCUUUAGAGGAGACCGCCACCGAUGAUCGUAUGCAAACUGAUGAAUCUAAUAACGUUCAACAAAUUCCUGUGGCCAAUGGAGUCCACGAUUCUGCUCCUGAAGCUAUUCAGGAGGAGUUUGCUUCCCCUAAAAAAGACUUGACUAAGAUUCCAGCUGAGUCAGACCGUUCUCAUGAUACUAAUCCCCUCACCUCGGAUGGAGCAUCAUUUGAAACCUCGUCAUUACAAGAUUUGGACAGCCAACCUGCGACCGUAGCCGUAGCUGGAGGCUCUGAGAACCCCACUUUGCCAGUCAAUGAAAACCUGCCACUGACAGAAACAAAAGAAUCAUUCACCGGCGAUGUAAAGCAUCUGGAUUUGCAAUAUUCUUCUACGUCGCAAGAUGAAACCACCGUUGCCAAAGCAGAGGUACCAAGUAUUGAACCAUUAGUGCCAAGUGUAACCAUUAUUGAACCGGCAGUACCAAGGGAUGAGACAGGGGUACCAGUUUCAGGGUCUAAAGUACCAGUUUCAGGGUCUGAAGAACCUGCAGUUGAACCAGAAAUACCAGAUCCUUUACUGAAUAAUGAAAAAGUGCCACAUAUCGAAUCAAAAACAAAUGGCGAAUUUACCAACUCACAUGAAAAGUUAGAAGCCCAAUCCACGUUAAAUAAUGAAAUCAAAGAUGAAGAAUCUUCAACAGCCAAUAAGGAACCUAAAAAAGACAUGCCUUUGAACCAAAGUAGUUUAUAA